AUGGAAGCACAGCUGUUUGUUUCCGCCUCUGCCGCUGCAUGAGGUGGAACGUCUCGUUGCUGGCUGCGGAGGGCCUCCUCGUCGGGGCAACGGGGUGGUCGUCCUGCAACCCCCUCGCGUUCUCUCCUCCUUGCGAAGCCUGCGCGAGCUUCAGGCGUCCUCGAGCGAGCCGUCAUCAGGCGGAGCGAAAAAAGCAGCAGCAGCAGCAGCAGCAGCAGCAUCAACAUCGGCGUGUUGAGUUCAAAGGAUUUCGUCGAAGAAGGGUGUUGCAAACCACCAUGGCUGCCGCGGCCGGCGACCGCGGCGGGGGGGACUGCGGCGAUCGUCCGAGCAAGUACUAUAACAAGGACGCUUGGCAGCGGAGAGCGAGCAGAGCGAUGAAAUACGUCUCCAUGCCGAUCGUGAAAAUGGCCGGGCAACCCAGAGAGCAGAUCAUGAUUGCAAUGCCUUUCCCGGCGGCUAACGCCACAGUACAUUUUACGUUCGACACUCUUCGACGAACGACGCUCAUCACGCCCACGGCGAAAGACGCAUUGGGGGUGUUGGAAGGGCCUGGGAUUGGGGGGCAGCCGGAUUUCGGGGCGUGCGUCGAACUGCCAGCUGCGCGGAUAGGGCACGAGCACGGGGACCACUAUCUCUUGGUUAUGGAUGCUGUGGUGGCCAAUAGCGAGCAGGCAAACGUGGUGAAGGUGUUGGGCCCGAACACGGGUGGUGUGCUGGGGCUGGAUUUUUUGAACAGGUACGACCUCGACCUCAACUUCGAGACGAACGAGGCGAGGUUUUACGUGGCAGGCGCUGUCGACCAGGGGUUGGUGGACACGUCGUUGUUGGAGGGGCUCAAGUGCGGAAGCCUGCCGGGGGGAAAGCUCGCCAUCAAGAUGGAGCUGAACGGCGGAGGUCCCUUCACGGGGGUGUUGGACCUUGCCUCGUCAACAACCGUCGGAAACUGGCUGGCUGCGCGAGAUCUGGACGUGACUUCCAUGGCGUCAGGGCAGAGCAGCAGCUAUCCCCAAGAGACCGGGCGACCGCUCCCUCUCAUGUGUGCCCAAUUUGACACGAUUCAGUUGGGCCACGUUUUGCUGGCGUCCGUCGUGGACGCCAAGACCGCGAGAGAGGGAAGGCUGGCGGUGUACGUAGGACACCUGCCCGUGUUCGACUCGAUCGCGAGGGACAUCUCGAUCCGCGAGCCGCGAAGCAGGCAGCUGGCGCUGGUCGGGCAGGACCUCAUCGGGCACACCCGCAUCGUUCUCUCCUGUCGAUCGAAGCGCCUGUACUUCGCCCCGCUGGAGGCGAACGACAUUUGGGCGGGGCAGGUCGUGUGAAUUGAGUUGUUGAUCCCAUUUUUUCGACCGAUCCUGUUUCAAGAGAGGUUUGUUUUGUCGUUUGCUGUUUUUGUUCCGUAACGUGAGUUGGGUGAGUGGCUCGGUGUUGCUGUUUUUUUUACCCGAUCAAGCCUUCCUUCCGGUGGCUUCCGAGGUCGGGCUGCUGCUGCUGCUCUCUUGUUCAAAUUAGUAGCGCAAACCCUUGAAUGGCGAUUGGUUCUUCAUUUGAACGAUAUGUAAUUGCGACUGUGUGUAGACCAUGUUACUCGUUUCGUGUAAAUGCGGACGCAGGGUUGCGUGUUUGGUGGUUGGAUGUGUGCGGGGAAGUGCAGAAUUGUGUCACGCGUUGUCGAGGUGACGGCGGAGCGCGCAUAUGUGCACUGCUGUAGAUGCGGGAAGUGUUGAGCUCUGUGUACACCAUGAGCGCGGACGAUUGAAGGUUGGUAUCAGAUGUACAAAGAAAGACAAACCUCUAGGGUUUGCAUACAGUGGGAAGAGUGGAUGGAUGGGCGUUUCCUUCCAUUUUCCCGGCGUCUUGGCGGUACUGCCGUUACACUCUUGUCUACGCUGCAUUCGGCAGCUGGCAAAAAGGUUGGCCGUUUCGUCGUUAAUUGAGACAGGAGGAGGCAAUGACUGCCUCGGCCGUAAUGACGAGGCCAGAUCAUAGAGUACCUUUGUUAUGACAUACCUGCUCGAAUCGGUUGUCGAGAUGUUAAUUAAUUAAAAGGUUCGACACUGAGGUGCUUUGGUUCGACGGUGUUCAGACUACCGAGACUGAUUAAUGCGCCGCGUUUCAAUUGUCAGGGAAGCAGGGAAGCGAUACAAUUUCUGCAGCGU